UUUACUGGUGAAAUAAAGAUAAACACAUUCUUGACUCCUAAUACAUAGUGAAAUGCAAAAAUAAACUGCUGUGGCCUUAGACGAGAGACAACUGAGUCACUGAUAAGAUAACUGUUAUAACUCUGCUGAACACACAUUCAUAGGCCAUUCUCCCCAACUAGUUUACUGCUGAAAAGAGAUAACUGCUCUACAUAAAACAGUUUGCUACAUGCCCCCAAGAUGGCUACAGCUCGUGAUGACAGAGAUGAAGAAGAAAGCCUACGGGCCAAAAUAACUGAAUAUUUUGUCAGCUGUCCAUUAUGCCUUGAGGAGUAUAAGGACCCGACAGAUUUACCAUGUAGGCAUACAUUUUGUAAGGGUUGUCUGAAGGACUAUAUUCCUGACAUAACACCAGGAAGUAAAUUCAGAUGUCCCGUGUGUCAGAAAGAAACUGAAGUUACUAAAGAUGGACUUGAGGGCUUCACUCACAAUCUCUUCAUUGAAAGCUUGCAGGACACUGUACUUCAGUCAACACAUAAGAAAAAGUGUACCUUUUGUUCUUUGGUGUCCCAAACUGAAACGGUGGCUACUUCAAAAUGUAUCACCUGCCAUGACUACCUAUGUGAGAGAUGUUCUCCAUUCCACUGUGGUAGCACACUCACUAAAGAUCACAGGGUACUCACUUUUCAACAACUUCACAGCAGUGAGUAUCAAAAAGAAAUCAAAGAGCAGCAAAAGAUUAUCUGCCCAGAGCACAAAGGUGAGAUGAUACGAUACUUUUGUUCAGACUGCAAUGUCCCCAUCUGUCGUGACUGCAAAGAUCUACACCAUGAUGGUCACAAACUUAUCUCCCUUGAAAAAGCUGCAGAGAUGGUUAAGCCACAACUUAGGAACAAAUGUCAUUACCUUGAAAGAAAAUUAGCAACAGGAGAAAAAACAUUACUUAACAUUGAUAACACACUGGCAACAUUCCUAGAAAAUGAAAGCUCUGUUCAGCAGCAGAUAAAAGCUCAUGCAGCUAAAAUACGUCAACUACUAGAUCAACAAGAGCAGACCUUACUACAAGAGCUUCACAAAACCAGCAGCACUCACAGAAAGAAUUUACAAACUUCCUAUGACAACUGCAGUGCCACUUGCUCCUCUAUCAAAACCACAACAGAUGUAGUAAAGAACAUCCUUCAGCAUGGUGCCCCCAUAGAUGUCCUCAUGUUACAACACCAACUUGGACAGAGACUAGAUGAGCUACAGUCCACUUCAGCUGUGGAAGAAAUUCCUGAAGAAAUACACCUCACACUAACCACUAAUAAAAAAGUGGACCAAGAGAUAUCCAGUGGGGCUGGCCUGGGAAAUGUGCAGAUAUCUAGACAACCAGCUUUGCCCAAGUUCAAACCACAGGCUGUAUGUAUGCUGGAGUUUAACACUGGCAGUGGGAAUCUAGUGGACAUUUCAGUGAGUCCAAACAGGGAGUAUGUUACUACACAUGCAUCGUAUGUUACUGCACAAAACAAGGUCAAGGUUUUAAGAUCGGAUGGUACAUUAAGGAAAAAGAUCACAAGGGUCUCAGACACACAGCUGAAAUGUCCAGUAGGGAUCUGUCACUUCCCUGAUGGAAGGAUGGUUCUAUCUGAUGCAGACAAUAACAAACUGUUCAUCCAGUCACCACAUUGGGAAGUACAGCAAACUGUAGAUGUCAGCAGCCCACAAGGUGUGGCUCUCAAUAACAGUUGUACUAAGAUUGCUGUGGCACAGUUUACAGAAAAGUCUGUGAGUGUGUUCAGUAUUGAUAUCAAAGGGAAAAUAACUUUAACUGAUGUGAUAAAGGACAAAGAUGGGGAGCAGUUGUUCAAUUCACCAUAUAAAGUGGCAUAUAUGAGCAAUGGGUGCCUUGCUGUUAGUGAUGAAAGACCAAACAAACUUCACAUCCUAACCCCAUCUGGUGACCCACUGUAUCAGUACACAGGACCUGAUAACAAGUUAGGUGACAUUGAUGGUGUCUGUGUUGAUGCUUAUGACAACAUACUGGUUACAGAUUAUGAUAACCACUGCAUACACCUUGUAUCCCCAGAUGGGAAGUUCAUCCAUUACAUAGCAACCAAAGCUGAUGGACUAGAAAACCCAUGGGGAUGUACCAUCAAUCAAGAUGGAGAUUUGGUUGUGACUCAAGGGAAUGGGAAAGUGAAAGUAUUUCAAUACCUUUAA